AUGGGUUCUUGUGUCUGCUUACGUCAGCACUUAUGCUACGGCGGUGGUUUGAGCGGUGCAUUUCAACGAAGGGGUCUUUGUACUCUGUUUGGGAAAGCGUCGUCGUAUUAUGAGUGUGACAGAAACAGAACAAGAAGAAGAAGAAGAGUGGAGGCCUCUGUUUCUACUGGGUUGGAGGAACGAGAGCUGAGGAGCCCCGACAUUGUGGCCUUGGAAUAUGCUGAUCUUAAUCUCAACCACAAUGUUACCCAGGAACUGGGUCAUGUGAGAAUCAGGCAACAUGUGAACCCUCUUAGCUCUUCAUUAGCUGUGCCGGUGGAAGUGCCUGAUUGGAAUCAAGUGUUCAAGGACCCAACAUUGCCGCUUAUGGUGGACAUUGGAAGUGGUAGUGGUAGAUUUCUCAUGUGGCUGGCGAAAAGAAACUUGGUUGUGAGGAAUCAUUUGGGACUGGAAAUACGGCCAAAACUUGUCAAACGUGCGGAUGUCUGGGUUAAGGAACUCAGUCUUAGCAAUAUACGUUUUAUGUAUGCGAAUGCCACAACUACUUUUAAUCAACUGGUGUCUUCCUACCCCGGACCACUGAUGCUUGUUUCAAUCCUGUGCCCAGAUCCAUAUUUUAAGAGAAAGCAUCACAAGAGACGGGUGUUACAGAAACCUUUGGCAGAUCUGAUUGUGCAUAAGUUAGCUCCCAGCGGACAGGUGUUCAUACAAUCCGAUGUGCUGGAUGUUGCGCUUGAGAUGAGAAACCAAUUUGAUUCUCUGCCUCAUGUUCUGAAGCACAUAGAUGAAAUUGACGCCGGCGUGUUAUGUGACAGUGAGGGAUGGUUAUUGAGUAAUCCAAUGGGAAUAAGGACGGAAAGAGAAAUUCAUGCGGAAUUGGAAGGCGCAAAAAUCUAUAGGAGAGUGUACCAGAAGCAAGCGCUGUAGGCGUUGAAUGAAAUGUGAUCUCAAGAUGGCUGAGUCUUUGUAUUUUGCUUUGAUCACUCAGAUUGUAUCCAAAAUAGCAGACUUCACCGGAAACUUUCCAUUGAAGAAAAGCUCCUAAUGAAUACACAACAUUUCUCACUUUUUUUUUGUGGUCAAAAGGAAUGAAUGAACUUCAUUGAUGUAGAAUAUGACACUCAGAGGUUAUAAUUGCCACCACAUUUGGGGGAGGAAAACUAUCAGAACCGAAUUCUAGCAUUCGGAGCUAAUGUAUGGGCAAUUGAAUUACUUCACGAAGGUCUGCCAUAAGAAAGCCUA